AUACUGGUUUUAGAGGCGCUAGCUGUUGGCGUUCAGUUAACCAUCGUUGCUGUUUUCUUCAGAAUCAUUAGUCGACUUAUGCCAAUGCACAGAGACUGACGUGUGGUAUGGUGCUGCAAUACUGGAUCAGCAGCAUGGGCGUUUGUAUACGAAUGCAUUGAGUCUGGGAUUGAAGAUGCUCAAUUAGAUCAAUCGGAAUUUUGUCCCAGUGUGGACCAUCCUCUUUCUGGCAAACGUGUAAUAAGGCUUUGGAAUCUGCGUCUUUUGCAAUUUCUCCUUAUUUUUCUCACUUGGAAACAAAUAAUUUUCCAUUUAAGAGCGCAGCCCCCUUAUAAAAAUUAAUUUGUGGAUGCAGCAUUGGACAUCGGUUGGAUUCUUUGUCUAAAAUAUCGAGAUGAAAUUUCCAAUAGAGACACCAAGGAAACAAGUCAAUUGGGAUCCAGAAGUGGCUGUUCAAUCUAGUAUGCCUGCCUGUGAUGCAAAACCCAAUGACCACUGCCCACUCCCCAGGCUGUCCAUAUCCUCCAGAACCACCAUAGUCUCCAGCAUGGACAACAACUCCCUGAGCCCGCAGACCGUGAUGAAGUGGAAGACCGUGCUCGCCAUCUUUGUGGUGGUGGUGGCUUACCUGGUGAUUGGAGGACUUGUGUUCCGGGCUCUUGAACAGCCCUUUGAAAGCAACCAGAAGAACACGAUAGCCUUGGAAAAAUCGGAAUUCCUCCAGAAACAUCCUUGUGUGAAGUCAGGCGAACUCGAGGCCUUGAUACAGCACGCUAUUGAUGCCGUGAGUGCUGGAGUGAGUCCGAUAGGAGAGACAUCCAACAAUAUGAGCCACUGGGACCUGGGGAGUGCCUUCUUCUUUGCUGGGACAGUAAUAACCACCAUAGGUUAUGGAAAUAUUGCUCCAAGUACGGAAGGAGGUAAAAUCUUCUGUAUCUUAUAUGCCAUAUUUGGAAUACCUCUGUUCGGAUUUCUGCUAGCUGGAAUUGGGGACCAGCUUGGGACAAUAUUUGUGAAGAGCAUCGCAAGAGUGGAGAAGGUAUUUAGGAAGAAGCAGAUAACCCAGACCAAGAUCAGAGUGAUUUCUACCAUCAUGUUCAUUUUACUCGGCUGCAUCGUGUUUGUAACGAUUCCAGCUGUGAUUUUCCAAUCCAUCGAAGAGUGGGAGACGCUGGAUUCUCUGUACUUCGUAGUGAUCACCCUCACAACUGUAGGGUUCGGGGAUUAUGUGGCAGGUGGAAACAAAAUAAUCCAUUACCGGGAGUGGUACAAACCGCUAGUGUGGUUCUGGAUCCUGGUCGGCCUUGCUUACUUUGCAGCAGUGCUUAGCAUGAUCGGGGACUGGCUGAGAGUCAUAUCGAAGAAAACAAAAGAAGAGGUUGGUGAGAUAAAAGCUCACGCUGCUGAGUGGAAGGCCAGUGUGAGAGCAGAGUUCAGAGAAACCAGAAGGCGGAUGAGCACAGACAUCCAUGACAAGCUCCAGAGGGCAGCAACCAUGCGGAGCAUGGAGCGAAAGAGGCUGGGCCUGGAUCAGAGAGCUCACUCCCUGGACAUGCUCUCUCCAGAGAAAAGAGCCGUCUUCGCCAGCCUGGACACUGACCGCUACAAAACAUCUUCACAGGAAAGCAUCGACGCCAAACUAAACAACCUGCGGCUGAGGAUGUCCGAGCAGUACGACCAGCAAGGCUCCUCUGAGGAUAACAUCUUCAACAGAUUCAGCUCUUUGACCAGGCUGGCUAAGAGGAACAAAAGCAAGGACCUCAAGAAGAACAUUCCAGAAGAUGUCAAGAAAAUAUAUGAGAAUUUUGGGAGUUGCUCGACAGAUGAAGAGAAAAGAGAAGGCGAACAGGAAAAGGAGUGCAACACUAGCGUGCCAGACUUUGAAAACGCACAGAGAUCCGAGCUGCAGAAUGGAAGUAUACCCAACGUAACCAAAGAAUAUGACAACAAAUAAUUACUAGAAGAAAAAAACAACUAGACAAAUCCUUAGUGGGUGAAUCAGUGGGUCGUUUUUAAAUAUCUCAAAAUGUGCCUUAUGUUGCCGAGAAGGUACUUUAUGUGUAGAGUUGAGACGGAGCAAGGUCUGCCGUAUACAUUGACAUUGUUCACUGUGCCCUCCUGACUGAAAUUUCAUUUGCCAAAAUGAAAAAAAAAAGGUCAACCUGUCGAGAAAACUACCAAGGAUGGUGGCUGCCAAAAUGUUUUAUUACUUAAUAAUUGUGAGAGCAAUUGCUUAUUUAUAAAAUGAAGAAGAAGGUUUUUAGAGGCAAUGUUUAGAACUGACCUAAUCCAAUGGGAAAAAAACUGUAGCAUAAUACAAUACCAUUUAUAUUAUGACUGUGUUUUCUUUUGGGAAUGUGACCUUAACUAGUGUUUCACUAUUACUGUCUUUCUCUACAGACUAGUAAUGGUCCUGGUGUAAUUGUUUUACUUGGAGUUGUUGACUCGAGACAACACAGUUGCUUUAAAGACAAUGUAAAAAAAAAAUAAAAAAUCUGAAGACUUAACAAAUUGGAAGAUUUUAAAAAAUCUUCUAAUUUCAGUUUAGAGACUAUUAAGGUGUACAGGUUUUUUUUUAAAUCUUAUUGUUGAUACCUAGGUUGAUACAUAUUGAUGCUGAGAGCUUGUAACAGGAAAAAAAAACAACAACAAAAUAUGAUUGUGCAUGAGUUCAGAAAAAUGCUGUCUUAUUAAGUAUAUUGAAAAAAAAAAUCAAGUUCAUGAUUACAAAAAAUGAAACCUCAGGGCUUGUUGUCCUAUUAAUUGAUGUAUACAAAUAUUUUUUAAAAUGUGCUGCAUUCACAUUGAAAUCAGAAGAGUCAGACAGACCUCCACUAGGCCUCAUUUUGAUAUGACUGUAAACAGUUUCCACUUUAAACGGUAAUCUUAGAGAUAAGUCAUAUAUUGAAAAAAAAAGCGUUCAAAUCAGUGACACAUUUAAGAAAGAAAUUAGUUCACGAGACUGUAGUUUACAAAAUGUGCAGAAAUAGCAAUACUGUUGCUAUUUAUUAUUUGACCUUGUGUGCUUUUUUAAGAUGGAAGUACAGUGUAUGCCUGUUAAAGGUUGCCAAACCCAGUAUUUGGUAUAUGUUUGCUUGAACCAUAAACAUCAUCUUCUGUUAAAGGAGCAGAAAUACCAGCAAUGUGAAAUGAAGACCAAACAAAACGUUUUAGGACAGAAAUUUGAUUUGGUCUUGAUCCCUUAAAGAAUUCUGACUUUAUUUAGAUGUGUGUUACUCUGUGCGAAUGGUUUUAUAUGUUUUAGAGUGCUUCGGUUUUUUUGCCGUGUUAGUGCACAAGUUAUGAAUAAUAUGCAUAUUCUGAAAAUACAGUAUUUAAUCUCCAGUUCCUCCAGUCUUGAUUUUUAGUGAGGCUAGUUAAUUUAUUGAGUCAGAUUUGUACAUCUGCAGCUCUUUUGAAUGAUUUUUGGAAGGUGUUUCCAAUUAGUUAGUUAUUGGGCUGUGUGUCGCAGCAUUAGUGAAUAACAUAAAAUAAUAAAACAAAUCUGAACAAAACUAAAGAAACCAAGUCUUGUAGACAAAAAGGUGUCUUCUUACUUAUACACAAGACACAGAAUAACUGGCAGUAUACAAAUAUUGACUGUAUAUUGAGUUGAGGCUUAUGGUGGAAUUAUUUUUCUUAAGGGUUGACAGGUAAUGGUCUUUAUUGCUCAAUGGGGUUCACCUUUUCAAACCAGGGUGACACUUAUGCCAUGGUAACCAGCAGUACAUAUCUGUUUUUAAUAACUCUUUUAAAAAAAAAAAACUAUGAUUUUUUCAGAAAAACUUGAUGCUGUAGCUGGUGCGCCAUUUUGUUUAUUGUAGGGUGGCAUCAGAGGGCAUCUGUUUUUUGGGUAACAAUGCAAACUGAUUUGGUCAUAUGACCAUGCAUUAACCAAUUACAAUGCAGGAUUCAUUCUAAGAGUUUUAUAAAACAAUUUGCAGACCACAGCAUUACCAGUAAUGACAACAUAGAGUUGGUCCUAAUACAGCAGCAAAUUAUGCGAUAGUGAUAUGAGACCAUGGUACAGAAAUCAAUUACUACUAUGUAUUGAUUACAUUUAAGAAACUAUUGGCGUGCCAAAAAUAUCAAAAUCUAACCACUGGUUGCAGCUUUUUUGCUACAUUUGCCCCUUGGUACAGCCAUUAGUUACCACUAAAGAGCCUUAAAACAUUUGUCUUCUGGAAAUGAGUUUUGAACGAACUGGCAAUUAUUUAUUUCUGCAAUACUGAAGGGAGGAAUACCAGCAUACAGAUUUUGCAAAAGCAUUGACAAUAAAGCCCAUAGUGUGUCCUUUGGAGAUAUUAGAAAUAUAUGAAUAUAUGAAUGCAGGUGGAAAGCGAGCUAGUAUAUGUUAUAAACACAGCUUGUUACAAUUCUUGAUCAAUCUGCUUUGCUGUAGCCAGGCUUACUUGGCAAUAGCCUAGUGUGAAUGCAUCAGUUAAUUGAUUAAAGUUCAUUCUUAAAACAAUAAAAUACAAAAAAAUAGCAUGCAAGUCUGCUAAUAUGUUAUAUCAUGGUAUUGAUUGUACUCGUCAGCUACAAUACAGUAGAUCAAAUUUAACAUGGAACUUUUCAAGGAGUUGGAAUGAGCAGGGUACCUGCUCAAUUUAUGCAUUGUGAAAAGUAUUAAAUGUGCAACCAUUACAUUAAAAGUAGUGUCUACAUUUUGGAAAUAAAUAUAAUAGUCAAUGAACAAAUGUAACAGUGCUAAGUGUGGCUUGUAUUUGGUCUAUGGCAAUCCUUUUCAUAAACCUAUGCCUCAUUUUAUACUAUUUUAAGUACGUAUUCUUUGGCUGAACCUGUCUUAAAGUCAAAAGAUAUUGGUUUUUGAAUGCAAAAAUGUUUUUUAGGCUGGGGUCAUUCCAUCUCAAGUGGGCCAAAAAGCAGAGAAUUGGUGGCAGUGCAAGUAAAUCUAUAGAUAUAGAUAUAGAUAUAGAUAUGCUCUGGUUUAAUGGGGAUAACUCGGUGGGGGCUGAUCCCCAGUACUUUCGGGUCUCGUGUCUUGCAAACCAUUAUGUUGACACACUGUUGUCCCACUUGAGACGGAAAGACUUAUUUGGUUUUGGUAACUUCGCAGGAAUGCUGACUAACUAACAGACUGGAAGAAUGGAAAGAAUACUCUUGCACCCUCAUGUGUACCUUUGCUCUGCCUUUAUUAAUGUAAGCAUACUUUUGAACUGUUCUACAAUCAUUGAAGUGUGGAUUGGGUUUCCACUUGAGGUUGAGCACUCCAGAUAUAAUAUUCUUUGAAACUGGGUCUCAAAAAUACAUCUUGUUGAUCAUACAGAUUACUUAUGUGGGUGCCCUUUAAAAGGCUUAUCCAGAGAAUUAAUAAUAAAAAAAAACCUACAACUUUUCCAACUAUUCCUUUUUUAACCCUUACUAUGAAUUUUCAGUACAACACAAUACUACAC